CUUGAAUACGUCGAUGGCUACCUUAUUAGAAGCCUUCGGCUGGAACGAUACUUAAAAUGUUUAAAUUUAAAAAGAUUUAUUGGAUAUUCAAGUAGAAUUGGUUAUUUAUUGCCUGUUAUGGCUUCUGUAAAAGUUGCCGUGCGUGUUCGUCCCUUGAACAGAAGGGAGAACGAACUCAAUGCAAAAUGUAUCAUAAAGAUGGAGAAUAAUAAAACAACAAUUUUCGGUUCUCAUGGUGAAGAUGAGAAGAAAGACUUCACUUUUGAUUUCUCCUACUGGUCGUUUAAUAGUCGUGAUAGACAUUUCGCUACACAAGAAAGGGUGUUUAAAGAUUUGGGAAUCGAUGUUCUCAACUCAGCCUUUGAGGGCUAUAAUGCAUGUAUAUUUGCAUACGGGCAAACAGGAGCUGGAAAGUCAUACAGUAUGAUGGGAUGUGAGGGAGCAGAGGGGUUAAUUCCAAGGAUUUGCGAGGGUUUGUAUUCGCGAAUGGGGGAAGACAACAAUGGCAAGACAGAAUUUAAAACUGAAGUUAGUUAUUUAGAGAUUUAUAAUGAAAAAGUCAGAGACCUACUAAGGCCUGCAAAAGGCAAGGAUCAAUACAACCUGAAAGUCCGAGAACAUCCCAAGGAAGGCCCCUAUGUGCAAGAUUUAACAAAGCAUUUAGUUGGUGAUUACAAUGGUAUUGAAAGUCUCAUGAACACUGGAAAUUCACACAGGGUGACAGCUGCCACGAAUAUGAACGAUACAAGUAGUCGAUCACAUGCGAUAUUUACCCUGGUUUUUACACAGGCAAAGUUUGACACAGACAUGCCCAGUGAAACAGUCAGUAAAAUACACUUGGUUGAUUUAGCAGGAAGUGAACGAGCCAGUUCUACUGGUGCAACAGGGGAAAGGUUGAAAGAAGGAGCCAAUAUAAACAAAUCCUUGGUCACUUUGGGGACUGUUAUCUCUGCCUUAGCUGAACAGUCUGAGAAAGCAUCAAGUGGUGGAGGAGGCAAAGAUUCUAAAAAGAAAAUAUUCAUCCCGUAUCGUAAUUCCGUCCUGACGUGGCUGCUCAAAGAUAGUUUAGGAGGAAAUGCCAAGACCAUCAUGAUAGCAGCAAUUUCACCCGCGGAUGUCAACUACGCUGAAACACUGAGCACGUUACGUUAUGCAAACAGAGCUAAGAAUAUUGUCAACAAACCAACCGUAAACGAGGACGCCAAUGUGCGCCUCAUCAGAGAGUUAAGAGCAGAAAUUGAGAGCCUCAAAGCUAUGCUAAAGAAACAGGGAACGGCUGAUGGCAUUCCAGGAAUAGGUCAAGCCGAAGAGACAAGAAUGACGGAACGGCUGCAUGAGAAUGAGGCUAAGGCCGAAGAACUAACUAGAAACUGGACCAGUAAAUGGAAAGAAAGUCAUAAAAUUAUCGAGGAGCGGGCUUUGGGAUUUCGUUACGAAGGUGCUGGAGUGAAAAUGGAGUCAGAAUUACCUCAUUUGGUGUGUAUUGAUGAUGACAUUCUCAGCACUGGAAUCACAAUGUAUCACUUGACGGACGGCAGAACUUAUGUCGGUAAAGAAGAGGCUAAGGAGAAACAGGACAUAAUUUUAAACGGGCCAGGAAUUGACGCGGAACAUUGCAUUCUCGAAAGCAUCGAGGGUCAUGUCACGGUCCAUCCAUUGUCGGCGCUAUGUUUUGUGAAUGGCGAAGUUUUAGACCAACAGCGACGGUUAAAGCAGGGAGAUGUACUCUUGUUGGGAAAAACAAACACGUUCCGUUACAAUCACCCGGGUGAAGCUGCGAAACUUAGGAAAAAACGAAUGUUUCAGUCAAUGGACAAUUUAUCAAGUGAGACGGACGAAGUGGAAAAGAAGCCUUCCUAUCUUUUGUACAAUGCGAGUUUGGAAUUAGAGAGGCAAUAUAUGGAGGAAACCAAAAGAAUAGAAGAACAAAGGACUGAAAUGGAACGGCAACAAAGAGAAGCGGCUGAGAGACUUGAGAGGGCAAGACAAGACGUAGAAAUUCUGCAGGAACAACAACGUCAGGCCGAAGAAUUGAAACUGGCCGAGGAAGAGAAACGUCAUCUUCAGUUGGAAAGACGAAAGACGGAAAUCGAAGAAGAAAAGAAAUUGAUCGAGGAGUUGAAACAAGAACAAGAGGAGACGAAACGUCAGGCCAAGCGUGAACUUGAGACGAUACGAGCGAACAUAGCUGAACAGCAAGACGAGGAGAAGAAGAAACUCGACGCUGAAAUGGACAGGCUUGCUUUACUGAAAGAGCAACACGACCUGAACGUUGCUAGCAAGGAACAGGAAAUACAGAAGAUGAAAGACGAGUUGAUGAAAAAGUGGGAAGAGGAGAAAAAAGAAGUGGAAAAACAACGGGAACAGAUUGAGGUUUUGAGAAAGGAAAUUGAGGAGAAAGAAGAAGCUGUGAAAAGAGCUUCGUCUCCUGAAAGGAACAGGAAUGGCAGCAGUUCUACGUCUCUAGCAACAUCUGAUGAAAGCAACAGUGCUUCGCCUGAGAUAAGCGAAAGUUCGUCAUCUCAACUUGAGGCGAAAUCUCACGUCGAAGUCUUACGAAACAAACUGAAGCAAUUAGACUUGGAGCUUCAACGCCAUCGUGUUCUGGCGAAGGGAGAAAUAACCGCGGCCAAAGAUGCCGUGAGGCGUGUCGAACAGGAGACUUUGCAGGGAAUGAGAAGCUUGGCCACUGGAAAGACAGACAUUGAGGUGGCAUGGAAAAAACUAGACACCAUCCAAACAAAACACAAGGUUAUCGAGGAAGAUCUGUUGUUGAGGAUUAAUGAAAUUCGCGAAAAGCUGGAAAAAGCUGAAGACGUUGAAGAGGCAGACUUGUUGGAAAAGGAAAGAGUGAUUAUGGAACGACGGGCGGCCAGAAUGAAGGUCGAGGAAGCUCGAAGGCAAAUCGAAGAGUUGGAAAGCGAGAGUCGGACGUUGGAUCUUGGUGAAGCCGACUUCAACAAGAAGAAAGAGAUGUUGGAAGGUGAGGCGAAGGAAGAGAUAAAGGACAUCAGAGAGGAAAAGAAAAUCCUUCUUGAAUUAUUGAGUAAGCAUCAGGUCGCUUUAAGUAAAGCCAGCCACAUGGUUACCGAGACUAAAGUCAAACUCGAAAAUUGUUUGGAGAACGAGCGUAUCACGAUCGAGCCACAGCGAGAACGCGUCGAACUGUUGGUCAGGAAUGAGCUUGGUCCGUUGAUCGAGAUGGAGGGGAAUAUCGAGAGGCGCUGUGAGGAUUUGGACCGGGAUAACAGGGAGAGAAAGAAGAAUAUUUACAAGCAACGGCGAAGGAUAGCCUUACUUGAACGACAGCAUAAUCAAGCUCUACAGCAGGCCGAGAAGGAUACUUUAAAUAAAGACGAAUUGGAGGAGCUUGAGAACGAGAGAGAAGCGGAAAAGAGCUUGAUAAGGAAAGAAAAACUCCGCUUGCUCGAUAUGGAAAAACGACACAAAGAACAGCAGGAGAUAGCCGAGCUUACGAUUGGUGAAUCCGUGGAGGAGCUUGAGAAGAGAAAGGCGAGAGUGAACGCUAUUCUCACACAAGAACGAUCCAAGCUCGGUGAAAUGGAAUCCGUUCACAAGGAAACUUUGGAUUUUAUCGAACGGGAAUUGGAGGAGCGCAGCGGUAUUUUGCAGCGGGUUAAGGAGAAAGUGGGCAAGGACAAGAGAACUUUAGCAAAACUCGAUGCCAGGCAACAGCGGGUGGCGGCCAAAGCCGCCGAGGAACUCUUCAUGAUGGCCGAAAUUCUAGAGAAAGAGAUGACUGCCAAGGGUAAGUUUGAUGAGCUGGCAAAGAUCAAGGAACAUCGCAAAAGAUUGCAAGAUCUCGAUAAACAGCUUAAGAUGGCUGAAAGGAAAGAAAAGAAUGCCAGACUAGGUGUGGGUGAUGAUAAUAAUCAACAGUGUGUAUUACUUUGAGUAAUCUCGCGUGAUAAAAUAGUGAUUGACUUCCCAUGAUUAUUUAACAAAUUAUUUAACAAAUUUUUUGGCUGCAGUCCUGCGCAGAUGAAACGCCUUUCUUUCCUGAUAAGUUUCCUGACGUGCGAUAUCUUCCAGAAAAAUCGUUCCGCCACAAGUACACCACCAUCUCGUUUAUUCUCAUCACUUUCCAGCCGGUUCUAAUUUUGAUGAGAGUCAGCGAGAACUUCGCACCAUGGUUGUCCCUGAGCAUCCUUUUGAAUGAUGGGUUUGAGCGCGCGCUUUACGACCCCCCUUUAAUAUUACUACCCCUUUAAUUGAUUGAACAAAAAGUUAAACGGAUUUAAAAACCACAAUUAAGCAUAGUGAGGGAUUAGUGAUCACAAUCGGUUUUCAACAUUUUUUUGGCAUGUCAAAAUGUCUAGUCAACUUACUAUGAAUUACACCAGCUAUAUCUUUGCUUUCCUAUCUAGAUUUUUCCAUUAGGAAAGGGUGGGGAAUGCGCCUUAAAAGCAUGCGAAAGUUUUUCGAAUUGUCUACUCAAUCAUAAUAUGGGAAGUUCGGGUUAUUGAAAGGAUUCCUUUGUUUAUUCAGAUGCAAUAUUAUAGUUAUUAGUUUAGGAGUUAUUUUGUGUGAAUUGCUAAUAGGUUUAUUAAGUAGUGUUUUACUUGUGCUCUAAAUUACUAUUUAAAUGGUAUAUAUAAUUGUAGUAUGGUAUUUAAGAGUUAAGGCUGUUUUCCACUCUCGCGUUUUUCAUACGUACGUACACGCACGUUAAGUCUAAAUGCUUAUAUAAGUUUUCUUUAAAAAAAUAUGGUGAGUAAAUCGAAAGAACUUAGUUUUCCGCGUAUUUUAGUACGCAUUUGUUGACCUAGAUGUUAAAUGAUAAAAAUUUAAAAGCAUUUCAACUUUACGUGCGUGUACGUCCGUGCAAAAAACGCGACAGUGCAAAGCAGUCCUUAUAGACAGCAUUCAAUGUAUCGUUUAUUUACAAGAGGAAUAAAACGCCUCAGAAAACAAUUAAUUAUUCGCCGCGUAUGGCAUUAAUAAUCGCUGGUCGAUUUUGAUUGUAAAAUUAUUUAAAAAUAAAUAUUGUGUAUCUAC